UUGACGCUCGGACGGCCCGAGGAGGUGUUUUCUUUGGGCGAGCCGGUGCUUUCGCGCAGAGGGAGGAGAUUUCUCCUCCUCCUCCUCCUCCUCCUCCGGCCGGGAACCGCCGGUGAGCUAGCUGGCCCCGAGGCGACUUCUCCCACGGGGGGAAAAGCUGCCGUCCUUCGGUUUCUCCUUCCACCGAAAUGAUCCAUUUUUGCCAUGAAUAGAGAUCUAAUAAGGUGGCUGGACCAAUAUCUGCCAUGGCAUCAGAACUUUGUAAAACGAUAUCAGAGGCAAAGCUAGAAAGGCACAAGAAUUUAUUCUUGAACUAUCGAAAUCUUCAUCAUUUUCCUUUAGAAUUGCUGAAGGAUGAAGGUCUGCAGUACUUGGAGAGAUUAUAUAUGAAAAGAAAUUCCUUAACUACCUUGCCAGAAAACCUUGCCCAAAAACUUCCAAAUCUUGUGGAACUAUAUCUGCAUUCAAAUAAUAUUGUUAUUGUACCUGAAGCAAUUGGUUCUUUGGUUAAACUGCAGUUUCUGGACUUGAGUGACAAUGCUCUUGAAAUUGUAUGCCCAGAGAUUGGGCGUUUGCGGUCUCUACGCCACCUUCGAUUAGCUAAUAAUCAGCUAAAAUAUUUGCCAGCAGAGCUUGGAGACCUUAAAGAGCUGCAGACGCUGGACAUCUCAACCAAUCAUUUGAUAACCUUGCCUGAAAAGCUGCACAUGUGCCUCUCUCUUCAGUACCUCACUGCUGACCAGAAUCAUCUCUGGUAUGUCCCUCGCCAUCUUUGCCAGCUUCCCAGCCUCAAUGAGUUGUCCAUGGCGGGAAACCAGCUUGCAUUCUUGCCUCUUGAUUUAGGUCGUUCCCGGGAACUGCAGUAUGUUUAUGUGGAUAACAACGCUCACCUUAAAGGUCUGCCUUCUUACCUUUAUAACAAAGUCAUUGGUUGUAAUGGCUGCGGCUCUCCCAUUCAGAAAACAGAGUUGCAGCUUCUUUCCUUUUCAUCGGGACAGUUGACGGUGUUCCUCCCAGCAGAGGUGAAGUUAAUAGGGACGGAACUGGAUCGUGUGCUCCCCUUGCAGGAGGCGGCCAUGAGGACCCUGUAUAACAUAUACUGCCAGUCUCUAAAAGAUUUGAAGUUCAUGACUCCGAUCUCAUUACCUAGAAGCCUUCUGGAUUUGCUGCACUGCCCUCUGGGACACUGCCACCGCUGCAGUCAGCCCAUGUUCACUAUUGUCUACCCAAAGCUCUUCCCCUUGAGAGAGACACCGAUGGCUGGAUUACAUCAGGGGAGAACAAGAGUGAGUUUUGUGGCAUAUUGCUGCUCCACCCAAUGUCUGAAGACCUUUGACCUAUUGAGCUGAUAAAUACUUAAAGCUAUUCAGGAGCUGUGCCAGCUUCAAAGCAGCAGCAUUAGACUGUGGCUCCUGGUCGGGCUGGAAUUUGUGAGUGUAUGUGCCAAAGCAGCGGGAGGCAACAUGUCCCGGCUGGAAACACGAAGAAUCACCUCCACCUCGCUCCUAUCAAAUCUGGACAAAAGGCAGAAACUCUCGUGAAAACAUUCGCGAUUGUCCAGCUUUAGAAAAUAUCUAACACCUCCCCAGGGCAGAGGAUCAAGCAAGCAAACACGAGAGCGAAGACCCUGCCAGACCCUUUAAAAACUUGUACAUGUGGCUCAAGUUGCAUUUUAUACAUCACUUGGGCUGUAUGGGCAAAAUCAGUUAGUGUGGGAUUUUUUUUUUAAUGAUACCUUUGCAGUCCUUGUAGCUUUUUCAAUUAUUUCCCUGCUUGGUUUCCUGUUACUGCUCUCUUGAGAAGCAACUGUUUCAAGUAACCAUUUAUUCAUGCUAGUGAGGUUUUUUCCCUACUUUCCAUUAAGGGCCUAAUGCAUUUUCUUUCUCCCCACUUCCCCCAUCAUCUGAUGUCUUGAUAGUGACUUAAAGAUGUACUUGCAGAAAAACUUCUCUUUUGAACCUAAUUUGAUGCAGUUGGGUAGGUAAAGAUAGUGUUUUUCGGCUAUUUUUCAUAUGUGGUUGAAGUCCCAAAGAAAGCAGCAUUGGCGGCCACAGAAAGUGGAUUUCUCCUUUGUCGGUGACUCUUUAUAAAACUUUUUUCACCUUUGAUAUUGAAGAACUGAAUGAGGUUUUUAAAAUGCCAGUAGACUUAGAAUAAGUUACAAGUUGUCUUUGGCCUCACCUCCAUAUUUAAAAUAGAAAUAGUUUUGUGAAUACAGUAUUAUUAAUAUUUUAUUGUAAGCCUAGGGUCUCCAUGCAUGUUGAACUCCAUCACCUUCCGGUCAUACUCAUUGCCUAUGGGGGCUGUGCAUGGUGGGAGUUGUAGUCCAGCAUAUCAGGAGAGCACUGCGUUGUAAAAGUUUUGUAUUGUAUGCUCUUUGGAGCCCCUGUUUCAAUAACUUUUCUUUUUCCCAUCUAAAAUCGGAGAAGCUGCAAAAAAAGGGUUGAAACAAACUCAUUUUCCCUACAUUAUUAUGGUGGCGUUUUAAGUUGUGCUCAAUAACUUGCAAACUAUUUCUGCUCUGGAGGCUGCUUCUUAGAAUCUUUAUACUUAAAACAGCUCAGAAAUUGGCCAUUUAACAGUUUGGGGGGGUAGGGGGGAAGUGGAGGGAGAUCAACUCCUAAAGAGUUUACAAAUAUUUUUCAAAACUUUUGUGGUUCGCAUCCUUAUCAGGGACAGCUGCUUGCAAUUUGGACCUAUUGAAUUCUUCAUUUGUUAAUAGCUCGUAAUUUGAAAAAAUAUAUAUUUUUUAAAAAGUGGCAUAGUGGAGAAGGUUAGCAACAGAAUCAACUAUAUGGCAAGGGUUAAUGAGAGAACAUAUGUGUUUUUGAUGCCAGCAAGAAAUGCCCCCUUCCUUUUAUGCUUUCGCCCUCCUGAAAGAUGUCUUAAAAAUCAGUUCCAUGAAAUCCAGGCUAAAAUACGCAUAUUAUGAACAAUUGGUUGGUAGAAUUCUGAACAGUACAGCUAUAAAGUCUUUGAGACAGAGCAUACCUGUGCCACCACGUAAAGCAGCACCUAAACAUAAUAGCUGAAGGGAAACAUGAAUCCUUUCACCUGAAUUUUCUAAAGCGCAGUAAAAAUACAAGUAUCUACCUGCACUUCUUAGCCGUGGUUCUGUGAAUCCUAGGUAAGAAAUUGCAAACAGAUAGGUUUGUAUUCUUUUUUUCUUUUGGUUGUUCCUAGUACAGUAACUGGUAAGCACAGUUAAACUGAACAGGGUUAGCACUGAAAUCAGUCAUCUUUCAGUGUAAUUUAUCCCUUCACUCCACCCACCUAAUCGCUGUGUCCCAAUUACCCUAUUAACACUAUAAUUCUAUGGUCUAACCUGGCCUUCCCAAAUUUCCAGGAGGCCCGUUUUUUUCCCCCCCCCCCCCCGAGCCUCCGCGAGUGCCCUGCGCUUACCUUCAUCCAAAACGGGUCAUGUGGGGACUCCUGGGGUGGGCAGGGUGAGGUGGGCGGGGCCAGCCAGGAGUGGGAUUCGAGGGUUCUCCAAACUGCACAGAAUCUUAGCUAGGGGCUCCCCCGAACCCCUUUGAACCCCCAGCUACCCCCCCCCCUGCAAAAUAAUUAGGCAAACUUUCCCAGUCCAGGUGCCCUCCAAGGGAAGGAACAAAAUUUUCAUAUCUGGAAGCUUCCCAGGUUGGGGGUUUCUGAAAUACGAAACCACCGCUUGUAUAAUAAUCAUCCUCAUUUUCACCUUUCCUUUCGUUUUUUUUUUGUUUUUUUUUUAGCAAAGUCGGUGCACAGACACUCUUUGCAUCAUUGUUUCUUAACCCACAAUUCUUGCUCUCUUUUGGGGGAGGAAAUGCGAGGUUGCUGUUCUACCACUCCAAGCCUGGGUCAUCAUAUCACCAAAUGCGUCAUUGCCCUAAGUAGCUCUUAAGGUUGCAUUCCCCCCCCCCACCCCCACCAUUAUUCCAUCCAUCUCAGCUUUCCUAAUUUUAAAGAUAAAGUGGCCCAAAUGUUUAGUUUGGCUGCCGUCACAGCUCUCUGUAAUUGCAACCUUCCCAGAAUAAAACCAAACCGAUCCAUCA